AGUUACUAAGAGUGCUGAGUUUGGUGUUACUACCCUUCAAGCAGGAAAGGACCCCAGUGUUCUGAGGCAUGGAUCCGAAAAGCGCAAUGGAGCAGCUGGACAUGGGUGCGCUGAACUCCGCGCAGCAGGAACAACUCGAGCAGUUCAAGAUUAAGACAAGAAUAUCCAACGAGAACUACCUGCGCUCUCAUCCAGAGGUGGAGCUGUUGCUUGGAGAAUUUCUCAGGGAGGUGUUCUUGAAGAGGCCAGUGGAUAUUCGUGAAUUUGCAGCAGUUUAUUUCACCAAUCCAGAGCUACCAGAGAAGAUAAUAAGUAAAAUGGAUGAAAGGACUUCUAAAUAAAACACAUUUUUGAAA